AUGACAAAAAUUUGCGAAUUUAAGGUCGAUCAAUUGAAAUUCUUUCUUCGAGAAAGGCAAUUGCAAACGACAGGCACACGGGACCAGUUAAUUCAACGUUUGUGUGAAUACGAGAACGCCGAAGAGUUGGACUGGCACGAGUCCAAAACAACAGAGGAAGGAGCUAAUAUGGCGACAGUAUCACAGCUUCAGGAGGAGAUGAGGCAAUUGCGAGAAAUGAUGACGCAGUUUCUACAAGUACAACGCACCGGCAUGAAUUCCAGCACAACGCAAGUGGAAAACGUUGCGCAAAAUGUAUCGCUGCCAGCGAGCGGCAGCAGCGCAGUAGCAAAUAACGACGGCGCAAGUGUAAGCAACAGCGGUGCUGUAGCAAGCAACGAAAUUACUGCCACGCGAAUUUACUCGAACGAAUACAGCUCAACGAACAUAAACACACGUCAUGCAUCGGUAAAAGAAAUAGCAAAUACCCUGCCGGAAUUUGAUCCGAUAAGCGACAAAAGCAUUACGGUGGAACAAUUUAUUGAUCGCGUCAAUAAAGUGAUCGAAGCUUAUCGAUGGGAUGAAAAAUUUCUUUUGUUAGCUAUUUAUACGCGACUCAACGGGGUUGCAAGAAUGUGGUUGGACGCAUCACCUGUUCUACAUACAACGUGGGCAGAUUUUGCAAACGCUUUAAAAAGUGAAUUUGGUACAACGCACGAUGAAGCAGAAAUACAUUUUCUGAUGUCUAACGCAACGAGACGCCCAAAAGAACGUAUCAACGAGUAUUGUUUUCGAGUCUCAUCAAUAGGAGUUCGAUACAAUCUUAGUGAAUCCGCUAUUAUACGUUACAUAAGGGUAGGACUGAAGCAUCGUGAGCUUCAGCAGAGUAUUGCAGCAAUGAAGUUUAAUACGGUGAAACGAGACGAACAAAAGGCCAAAGUGGGCGAAGCAGCUAAGCAGCGUGAAUCUACGAGAGCCCAACUUAAGUGCUAUAACUGCAGCGAAGCCGGUCACUUCUCCAAUAAGUGUCCAUUACCGCAGAAACGUCAACGAUGUACAACAUGCAACAAGGUUCACCCAAACGAUGGAAAUUGUGACAAAGCAGCAAAUUUACGACGACUUGGCGUUACAAAUUGUGACGAGUGCUUCAACAAAACGAUUUAUAUACAGUCAAAACCGUAUACUGCUUUCGUCGAUACUGGAAGCCAAUGCAGUAUCAUUCGCGAAUCUGUAGCCGAACGAAUCAAGGCUGAAAGGCGCAAGUGCUGUGUGAAAAUAAAAGGCAUUUGUGGAGGCGUACGCAUACUCAACGAAGCUAUCAUCGUAGAUAUCAUCAUCGACGAAGCUGUCAUCACGGCACAAGUUUACAUUGCCGACGAUAAUCUAGUGCAACGAUGA